CUCAUCCGGCGCACGCGCAUUAGGUGCGUGUCAUCCUGCGCACGCGCCCUUGCAUGGUACGCGCUUCCUAUCUUCUUUUGCUUUCCACGUGAGUGGAAUUAGACGGUGUAGCAGUGUCGGCCAGGACAGUGAGGAUUCCGGGGGUCUGCAGGUUGUGAAGUAUGGCCCUGGUGGAGGGUCAGGAGGUGUCCCUGGAAAACACAGAGGGAAGCUGUAAGCCGAUUCCUAGGGGAAAGCCGAAAUCUGGGAGAAUAUGGAAAGACUCCAACAAAAAAAGGCAAGUACAACUUUCUCUGAAUUAUUGUUUUAUUAAUCUAAGGGCAAUGAGCAUAACUUAAACAUAUCUUAAAGUUUAACGAGAAAUUAUAAUGUUAUGUUUUUCCCCCCACUAAAUAGUGAAUCGCAAAAUAUCAGAUAUCAGAAAUAACUGAUGUUGAAUAAAAAUGUCCAAGAGUCCUCUAGUCGUAAUUUGGCAGUUUUAUUCUAAAGUUUGCAGUUUGGAUUUUAAUUUUGCUACAAUCCCAAAUUUAGCGAAUAAGUCCAAUAAAAUCAAAGGUACACUAUGGGCACCAUAACAACUUCAUUAAAUUAAGUUACUAUGGUGGCAGGUAGUCCCCUGGGCGCUUUCUUGCCUGAAGGGAUUAAACAUUACUGAAAUUCUAAUUCAGUCAAGAGAUAUACAGAGACAAAGUAGGGACUACUUUGUCUCUGUCUCCUCCACCUGACUUUCUCUGACACGAGGCAGAGCUACAGAGUCAAUCCAUGUAGCCGUCAUUGGUCAUGGCUGCAGGGAACUGGCUGUGUCUAUGGAGUAUCCAGCAAUCUCGCAAGAACCUCCAUAGACCUCAGUGCUGUACUCUCUCGCAUUUGCGAGAGUACAGCAGUGACAUUGGUGUUAAAGAGGACCUCGUUGGAUCAAGAUGACGGUGCUCAUGUUGGAUAGGUUCAGGUAAGUAAACUCACCUUUACCUGCCCCCCCCCGGGCCACAGGACCACCAGCAGCGAUGUCACUGUUGAGUCCCAAAACUGACCGUGCCACUUUAAAAUAAAAUUAGGGAAAAUGUAUACUUUCAGUAACACAAACAUGUAUAGUUUUAAUAACACCAUCUAGCCCCACUGGUCCCCUCUUUAUUCCAGUCUUCUGUUGCUGGCUGUGCCCCUGAUCUGCCUGCUUGGUUGACAUAAUCAGAAGUGGUGUUCUGAGCCAAUCACAAUGCUUUCCCAUAGGAUUGGUUACAUAGCUGAAAAGAGACUUGGUCCAUCAAGUUCAGCCUUCCUCACAUAUGUUUUUGCUGUUGAUCAAAAAGGUUGAGCCUGUCAAGGAGGCAGAGCCUGCACAAGCCACACAUAGCCUGUCCAGUCAGCAUUUCCUCAUGGAAAUGCAUUGAAUCAACCAUGCAGAGGGUGGAGACACUGAAUGCCCUAGGACGCACCUCUAGUAGCUGUCCGAUGAGUGGCCAGUAAAGGUAUCCCUAGGCUGCAAUGUAAACACAGCUUCUUCUGUGAAAAAAGUGUUUACUGCUAAAAGUCUGAAGGGACUGACUUGUAUUCACCAGAUAAAAUAAGUUGUCGUUGUUCUGGUGGCUAUAGUGUCCCUUUAAUAUGACUUAUGUUAAAAAAAUGCUAUUGUAUUCCCCUACCUAUUUAAGUAUAAAAGGUAAAUUUACUAACCUUUAGUGCCUAGCAUAGCUUGUCUUCCCAGGGCUGCUCCACCGCCCUGGAUUCAUGGUGUGAAUAGACAUUUUGCUUGCACACACCUAUAGUGCCUGCAGUGCCCUAGCAAUAUCUCAAAAUAAUCUAUCCCGAAAGACCCAGGUAAGUCGUCAAGCCAUUAUAAAAUAGUUUGACAACUUACCUGGGUCUUUCGGGUACCCGGUCCUGCAUGUUGUCUUUUUCAGCAGUACAUGCUCCGUUGUCUUUGCUGAGCUAAGCCUGACUAAUUCAGGACCAUGCUUGUUGGCUGACAUCGCAGAGCUGAUGCUCUUAACCAAUGAGCACAGUCCUGCAUGCCCCUGCUUAGCUCAGAGGCACUAAGUAAAUUAUCUAGCAAGGAGAAUUGGGAAGCAGGUCAUGAGCAGAGCACCUGGUGGACACAGGUAAUUUUUCAAUGGUUUACUUGAAGGGCAGCAGAGCACUCUUUGUACCGUAGCCACCACAGUGAGCUGCAGUGGUUAAAACUGUGAUAUACUGCAUCCUGUAAACUAAUAUCUUGUUAAAGGGUCACUCUUAGGCAUCAUAACCACUGCAGCCCUCUGUAGUGGUUAUGGUGCCAGGAGUUCCUUGGGACUGUCCAUUGAUAAGAAAUCAAACCAUUUGUAAAUGAUUUGACAUUUCCAUGGGUUCUCUUGGGCAGUUGUGAUCCUUCCAAUAUUCUCUUAGGGAUGCUAAAUUAAAAUUGGCCUAGUUAAGUUGAAGGAAAGCCCUUAGACCUCUUAAAGAGGUAGUGUCCAAUACCAAAGAAGAAGAAAGAGGAGGACUUUAGUUUCCUGGCCUAAAUGGCCAACUGCGAGGAGCUAACCCUAUAGUGAUGCUGCCAAUGUUUAGCCUGGAAAACUAAUGUCUAGUGUUUUUCUAUGGAAAAAUACAUCUUGUUCAUGUUUUCCCUUUACAUAAUGAAUAUAUUACCGAAAAGUUUUCAUUCUAUCCUUUUCAAAUGUUUUAACCUUGUAUUUACUGCACACACUGUAGGUUCUCUCAAAUGGUGAAAGACCGCCCCCUGCGAACUUCUUGGGAAGUAAAGAUGAAAGAACGCCAGGAAAAAAAAUUGCUUAAGAACUUCUCCCAAAAACUGAAAGAUGACAAGCAGCAUGAGCGGGAUGUGAGUGGCCCUCUGUGUGAAUAAUGAAAUAUUUUUAUCAUAUAACUAAACUGAAAACACUGUCAUAAAUUAAUUUAUUAGUGUUUACCUUGUUAGUAAAUUGUUGUUUGUGCUGUUGAGAUUGAAAUGUCAUUGUCACUUUCCAGUUUUUUUUUGUUUUUUUUAAUCUAUAUAUUUUAUUAGUGUUUCCUAUAUAGACUUUUCUUUUCUGAAAUGGCUUCUAUUUUGUUAUACAAAAAAAAAUGCUGAUUUCAUACUUGUCACUGUGCACUCUUCAGGAGUGUUUACUGUGUUGGGUGGAUAAAAAAAUCUCUCAAAGAAGUGCAAACAACAAUAUAUUGUAAAAGCAUUCACUCAGAUCCAUGCUGCUGUAGAGACCUGCAGGUGUUAAACAAGGUUCUGCCCCUGAUCUGCCUCCUUGUCAGUCUCAGCCAAUCCUAUGGGGAAGCACUGUGAUUGGAUCAGGCUAUCACGUCAGCAGACUGCUUGUUUUUCCUGAGUCUAACAGCAUGCAGAUUUACAGCUUCUGGCUUGAAUACAGUAAGAUUUUUUACUAUAUUUAUGGAGGCAUGAAGGACCCAGGGGGGCUAGAUGGUCGUGUUAACACUAUAGGGUCAGGAAUACAUGUAGUUGCACUGGUGACUAUAGUGUCCCUUUAAUAAAACACUACUUAACUGGGUAACCUAUUAUUAUGGUGGAGAACAUUUUGAAUGGUUGACUGUUAAAAUACCCCAAAUGAGACUUGGGGAGCUGAAAACUUCAUCUAUUGAAAAUGUUAACAUUUCUUAUAGAACACUCCAAGAAACUGGUCAAACUGUUUUAGUACAGCUUAACAACUUAUCUGUGUGCCUGUGGCUGCAACUUCUGCUUCCAGUCUUUUCCUGCAGGAUAAUCCAGUUAGCGCUGCAGAACUAAGCAGGGUUAUGCAAAACCGUUCUCUAUGAUAUCUCUUUAUUGUGAUUGGAUGAUACAGGGUAUAAAAAAAAAAAAGAUUGGACACUAGAACCACUGCUAAGAAUAAAUGCUUUAUUAAACCAAAAAGGUAUAACAAACAUAAAGGGUGACUUGAGAAAGGCAGCCAGGAAAUGCCAAAACGUGGGGAUAUUAGGCGCUCGUGUUUUUGCCAGAGUAGGCUUGUGGAAUUGUGGUUAAUUACCGUUGUUUAUUUGCCUUUUUGUUGUCGCUUCAUUUUGUGCUUUAUGUUUGUUAUACCUUUUUGGUUUAAUAAAGCAUUUAUUCUUAGUAGUGGUUCUAGAGUGCAAUCUCUUUUUUGUAAUAUUUAGUAUUGUUUGGGCACUUGAGUGAGUGCUUGAGAGUAUUCGCACCCAGUGAUACUUUUUGAUCUAUAUGGUCUCUCCAUAUGUUGUUGUUGUUAUGGAUGAUACAGGAUGAAAUGCUAAAGUAAAUUAAAGCAGCACCACGCUGUUGUAUAGGUGUUUUAACCACUGAUCAAGAGGUUACCUGAUCAUUUAGCUUUGCGGUGACUAAUGAGUUCUGAAUGUGUGUGUGUACAAUUAAUUUUUGGGCUUUAAUUCUUGUGCUUGUUUCUUGAUGCAGGAAAAAAAGAGACGCCGUGAGGAGAAUCUUAGACGCCGGCUUGAAAAUGAGAGGAAGGCAGAAGUUGUACAAGUGGUGAGUUUUCUUAUGUUUCAGCAUCUUUUCUUUUUUUCAAUAUUAGUCUAUCAAACUAAGUGAAAGUUAAAUGCAUGUGCUUCUGUGGGCUAUUAUGUGGUACUAUUAAUACUGACCUUUGUCUUGCUUAGAUUCGAAACCCAGCAAAACUGAAACGUGCUCGGAAGAAGCAGCUGCGUUGCAUUGAGAAGCGAGAUACCUUAAAGAUCUCUAAAUCUUGAAACAUUGAUGAAACGUGACUCUGUGCCCCUAAAACAAAGUCUUUCCAAAAGGAGAAAGUGUCUUCCAAUUGAGACUUUUUUUUUGCUCUUUGAAAGAGAAACCUUCUCAUUAAGAAUGGCACCGAUGACCUCUGGGAUUGCUUAAAUUUUAAUGGACCAUCGGGUUGUGUUGAUAUGAGCUCUAUUUGUUUUCUAACUUUGUCUUUGAGUUGCUGUAAAAUAAAUGAGAAAAUUAAAUAACUUGAGCACAUGGAAACCGUGCUUGUUUCACAACGCACAAAUGAUUGUGAGACAGACUUAAUUGCAACAUAAGACAUCCCGGUGUUCUAAAUGCACACUAAGACUAAAACUGAACGCUAACUAUAAAUCUAGUAAACACAUUUGUUUAUUUCACUAAAGUGGAAAUUUCAAUAUGUAGGUCAGAUCAGGAAAUGAGGAUGAAAAAUAGUUAACUUUUCAGUUCUACUGUUGCAGCCUAAAAUUUUUUUAUUCAACGUAAUUUGUGACAAGUCAAAGUUUAGAGAAUAACUGUGACAAUUUUCACUUUAUGUUUAAAGUUGCAUUUCACUGCCCAAAUUCAAAACAACUCAAUAUUUAGCAUUUUAGCAGUUAAAACAUGCAUUUUCUCAUUGAUGAUAUCUACUCCUGUCUGUUUCCUUUGGCCAGCCCCCCUUUCUUUCCUAACCCAUUGCAGACUUCCCAAUGCAGCUCAAUUAGAAGUCUUUGCAAUUUGGGUAGUCUGGGUAAUUGCCUGGAUCUUGAGUUUAGUUCCACUGAGCUGAACUGACAGAACAGGUUGUCUGACAUACAGCCGUGAGGGUGUAACAUGGUUAAUUUAUAAAAGUGUAAAUUUCUAUUGCAUUCUGCACUUUUUAUAAAAUUAGAAAAUAGGACAUACUACUCACACAAAGACCUUCAACUAGCUAAAUUGUUCUAAAAAUUCAACCAACCCUGAGUUGUUGUUUUUUAGGUGUUUUUAAAAUGUAACCAAUUAGGAUACAGGCUUUUAUUUUGUUUGUAUUUUUAUUUAGUAAAACCCGUACAUAUAAAAUACCAUGGUUCUAUUAAAAAAAGCUAUUUAUCACCAAUCUGUUACAUUUUCUGGUAUAUGUUUGAUUUUUUUUUUUUUUUCUUUCACACAAGUACACACUAUUAUAUUGUUUAAAUGGGGCAAAGUGUUUAGGAACGGUUUGCAUUAUUAUCCUGGACCCUGCAGAGAAGUUGCGUUAGCCAGCACUGAACUCUAUUUCCAUAUUUGGGAGAUGAUACACCAAUGAUGCUGUCUGAAUUUGAGUUACACCUCCAGCAGCAGAUGGGUUAAACGCUGUAUGUGCAGCAUUUCAAAGCGAAAUGCACAUACAGCCUCCAGGCACCAUGACCACUUAAAGUCACGAGUUGCAACGAUGCCUUGAGUAGCCAUUUAAGUAUCUCAAACAAAUACAAAUUGGCACUGUAUUGACAGAAAAUGACCCAGUGGGCAGGUUUAUUUUACUUUUCCUCCUAGUUUAAGGUUGUCAGAUGAGUAAAACAUUAAAGAUAAAUGGUACAAUCUGGAAUGAGUUUUUUUUUUUUAUUUACUGUUUGUUUUAACUGAAUAAAAGCCCACUGGAAAUCACUAAAUAAAUCACUGGAAAUCUGCAGUUGCAAUAUCAGUUAUGCCUGUCUAUUACUAUUGUAAUGCAGUACAUGCAUUGGGAAGGGAAUAAAAAGGUAUUGCUUCACUUUAAGUACAUUUUUGUUUUACAUACAUGCUCUGGUCCCAUUGUGUGCUUAAAAGUGGGGUAUGCCUGUACUGUGUGUUAUGUGCUUGAAAGGUGUCCUAUAUGUCUUCCAAAUUAAGAAACAUUGUUUGUUUUCCCAGAUAUUUUUUAUUGUAAAUUUACAGAAAACUAAGCAUGUAUGUUCAACAGCAUUUUUAAAUUAUUUCAUACAAUAUGGUAAAUUGGAUUAUACCAUUGCGUUUUCAUUCAGGUCUAUUCUUAAAUGGAUGGUCAUUAGAUUUGAGUAUCUAAAAGUUAAUAUUGUCUAGGAAUUACUUAUCCAAAUUACUGCCUACAACAAGGUAUAUCUUACACAACAUAUAGCAUAACUAUGACCUACAACAUAAGGACAAUAUAGCUUCUUUAAUAAUAUUGAAGCAAUCAAGAACCAUUUUAGGGAUAAUAUUGAUUGUAUUUUGCUAAGUGAAUAUAGCUAAAUAUAUUCUUGCCAGGGUUUUAUUUAUUUGGAG